AUGGAUUUCUUGAAGGAAGUGGCAUGCAAAAGAAUUCAUGAUCGUUCUGAAAAUACGAUAAUGUCCGGAUCAAGGAGGAGGGUUGUUUGGGUGGACGGGCCAGUAAUCAUCGGAGCUGGGCCAUCUGGUCUAGCCACGGCAGCUUGUCUUAAAGAAAAAGGCAUUCCGAGUUUGAUUCUUGAACGGGCUAAUUGCAUAGCUUCUCUCUGGAAACUCAAAACCUAUGACCGGCUUAGGCUCCACCUUCCCAAGGAUUUUUGCAUGCUCCCUCUAAUGUCAUUUCCUUCAAGUUACCCUAAUUAUCCAACCAAACAAGACUUUGUGACCUACUUGGAAGCCUAUGCUCGACACUUUAACUUGGAGCCUGAGUUCAAUCAGACGGUUGUGAGUGCAAGAUUUGAUGGGUUUUGGCGGGUUACGACGAUCGGGAUUAAAAUGGAGGAGAGGGAAUAUGUUUGUCAAUGGUUGAUCGUUGCCACUGGUGAGAAUGCCGAAGAGGUGAUGCCGGAGUUUGACGGCAUCGAUGAAUUUGUUGGGCCGAUAACUCAUUCGAGUUCUUACAAGAGUGGAGAUUCGUUUCGAGGGAAAAGGGUUUUGGUUGUUGGAUGUGGGAAUUCUGGUAUGGAGGUUUCUUUGGACCUCUGCAACUGCAACGCUAGCCCGUCUCUCGUCGUUAGGGAUUCGGUGCACGUUCUGCCUCAAGAGAUGUUUGGGAUAUCAACUUUCGGCCUGGCCAUGAAAUUGCUACAAUGGUUCCCCGUUAAGCUCGUUGAUCGAUUUUUACUUGCGAUAUCACAUUUUAUGCUCGGUAGCACUGCGAAUUUGCGACUCAAGAGACCAAUUUUAGGCCCGAUUGAACUCAAAUUCACUACGGGGAAGACACCGGUCUUGGAUUUUGGCACACUCGAGAAAAUUAGAGCGGGAAAUAUAAAGGUUGUUCCUGGAAUUAAGAAACUUACAAGCCAUGCAGUGGAGUUCGUAGAUGGGAAAGUGGAGAAUUUUGAUGCCAUAAUUUUAGCCACAGGAUAUAGAAGUAAUGUACCAGAUUGGUUGAUGGGAGGUGAUUUAUUCUCUGAGAAAGAUGGGUUUCCCAAGGAAACAUUUCCAAAGGGAUGGAAAGGCAAAAACGGAUUAUAUGCUGCUGGUUUCACAAAACGUGGCAUUUUAGGCAUAUCUUUCGACGCAAAGAGAAUUGCCGAUGACAUUGAGACUUGUUGGAAUAUCAGUAAUUAA